GUGGUUCUGUAGACUGUCAAAAUUGAUGAGUUUGAUAUUUUCAGGCUUUGGAUUUUCAUUGCCCAGACUUGAUUGUGAAGAUUUUUGGCUUAAUGUUCCAAUCAGAUUUUUAAAAACCUGUAAGGAAUCAACAAUUCGCCAUUAUGACUGUAAUCAAUAAGAUGGAGAUUGAUAGUGGGGGGCUUAAAGGAGAGGGCUUUCGAUCUUAUUAUAUCACAAAAAUCGAAGAACUACAGUUGAUUGUAGCAGAAAAAAGUCAAAAUCUUCGAAGACUUCAGGCACAAAGAAAUGAACUGAACGCAAAAGUUCGUAUGUUGAGAGAAGAACUAAUGCUAUUACAAGAACAAGGAAGUUAUGUUGGAGAAGUUGUCAAACCUAUGGAUAAAAAAAAAGUAUUAGUAAAGGUGCAUCCUGAAGGCAAAUUUGUUGUUGAUAUUGAUAAAAAUAUUGAUAUCAAUGAUGUAACACCAAAUUGCCGUGUUGCUCUACGUAAUGAAAGUUACACUCUCCAUAAAAUUCUUCCUAAUAAGGUUGAUCCUCUGGUAUCUCUUAUGAUGGUUGAAAAAGUCCCAGAUUCUACUUAUGAAAUGGUUGGAGGUUUAGAUAAGCAAAUAAAAGAAAUCAAAGAAGUUAUUGAACUUCCAGUCAAACAUCCAGAAUUGUUUGAUGCUCUAGGUAUUGCUCAACCAAAAGGUGUACUUCUUUAUGGACCACCUGGAACUGGAAAAACUUUAUUAGCUAGAGCUGUAGCACACCAUACAGAAUGUACCUUCAUUAGAGUAUCAGGUUCCGAACUUGUCCAAAAGUUCAUUGGUGAAGGAUCUCGUAUGGUUAGAGAAUUGUUCGUUAUGGCAAGAGAACAUGCCCCCUCUAUUAUUUUCAUGGAUGAAAUUGAUUCCAUUGGAUCAUCUCGUAUAGAAUCUGGCUCUGGUGGUGAUUCUGAAGUUCAAAGAACAAUGUUGGAAUUGUUGAAUCAGUUGGAUGGUUUUGAAGCUACAAAAAAUAUUAAAGUAAUCAUGGCUACUAAUCGUAUUGAUAUCCUCGACCCUGCACUCUUAAGACCUGGUAGAAUUGACCGUAAAAUAGAAUUUCCCCCACCAAAUGAAGAAGCAAGGCUUGAUAUCCUCAAGAUUCAUUCUAGAAAGAUGAAUUUGACAAGAGGAAUCAAUUUAAGGAAAAUAGCAGAACUCAUGCCAGGAGCCAGUGGAGCUGAGGUGAAAGGUGUUUGUACUGAGGCUGGUAUGUAUGCUUUGAGAGAAAGAAGAGUACAUGUGACACAGGAAGACUUUGAGAUGGCGGUUGCAAAGGUCAUGCAGAAAGAUUCAGAGAAAAAUAUGUCUAUCAAGAAAUUGUGGAAAUAGAUUUUGAUUUUUUCACAGAUAUUUAUACUUAAAUAAAUUAGUUAUUGAUAAA